AGUUAAUUCAAAAGCUACAUAUUGAGAACCAAGGCCGUAGGAGAAUAAGGUCUUACCACCGAACGUCUAUUCGCUGCGCACCGCAACUCUGUACUUAUGUCUGACUCUAAAGUAUGGCUGAUCACAGGUACAUCAUCAGGCUUUGGUCGCCGUUUAGUAUCAAUCGUUCUAGAACGCGGUGAUCGCGUAGUCGCGACGGCCCGAUCUCUCCAAAAAAUUCAAGAUUUUCCCCAAUCUCCAAACUUACACCUCCUAGAGCUCGAUGUGACUGCUGGAACGACUGCCAUCAAGGAACGCGUAGAUGAGGCGGCUAAAGUAUGGGGCAGGAUUGAUGUGUUGGUGAACAAUGCGGGUAUUGGAUUACCAGGAAUCCUUGAGGAAUGCGGGGUGGAUAGGCUGCAAAGACAAUUCCGCCCUAAUGUCUUCGGUGUGCUGGAUGUCACGAAUGCAACAUUGCCAUACAUGCGCGAAAGGAAGAGUGGCACAGUAGUUAUCAUCGGGAGCCGUAGCGCCUGGAGGCCCGAAAUCAGGGGAAUUGGCUCUUAUGCCUCAUCAAAGGCAGCUGUGCAUGUAAUGGGCGAAACACUUGCCGUGGAACUCGCAUCAUUCAACAUACGCGUCCUUAUCGUCGCGCCUGGCGCCUUCCGCACCGAAAACAUAUACAGCAAUAAGUUUGACACGACACAUCCUAUUCCUGAUUAUGAUGAAACACGAGCUAAAGCACUGCUGAGGUAUGAGACUGUCCCUGGGAAGCAGCCAGGAGACCCUGCGAAGGCGAUGAAAAUAGUCGUAGACGUCGUGAGAGGAGAAGGUGUUGCGGUCGGGAGGGAGUGGCCGUUGUAUCUUGUCUUGGGGGAGGAUGCAGAGAAAGAUGUCAGAAAUAAAUGUAUGAAGGUGUUGAAGCACCUUGAUGAAUGGCAAGACGUAAUCAGGGACGUGAAUCUAUAAACUAUGUAAACAUUGUAUACAUGAUGUAAAUGAAUAUGUUUAUUGCUCUUU